AUGGAGGGAGGCCGGCUGAAAGUGGCCGAGGCGGUGUCGGCGGCGCUGCAUGCGCUGAUGGUGGAGGAGAUGAUGCGUGUCAUGGCGAUGGAGGCACCGACGCCGGUGGAUGUGGCCGAGGCCUUUGUGAUAGCGCCGGAUGUUGUAACGGCGGCGCGUGAGGCUGGGCUCGACGAUAGCGAGGACCUGGCCGCUCUGCGCGACUGGGCGGGAUUGUGA